CGACUGCCUUCCAUUGCAUUUCUCCAGCAGCGGACCGACCAGGCCCCUCGCAGCCGCUACACGGUGGCCCCCGAGCCGGGCUGAUUCCCACCGCGGACCCGGCAGGUGAGACGGUGGCGGCACACCGGAGGACGACGGACUCAAUAACCCCUGCGAAGGCCGGAUCUACGGCGAGGAAAGGCCCAGGAUGUGAUGAAAUCCUAAACAAAGUGCGACACACACACGGAGAGAGACACACACAAGCCCGUGCGCAUCAUAAACGCGCCCGUCUUGCACUGCAACUUUGCGUUUUUGGCUCUCGGCGGGCGCUGGAGGCGGAUAAUCACAUAGGUGAGGUCGGGGAAAUUAUUGUCUGGGGAAGGGUGACGCGCACUUCUCAGCAGCCCCUGCGCUGUCAGACGAGGAAGUGAAGCUCCACACACGCCCAUUCGAGCCUGUCGACCCUGCUGAAAAAGCCCAGAGCCGCUCAUCAGAUAACAGCAACGGACUUGACAAACAUGCGCCCGCUCUCGGAGGGACGGCAGCGGGAAUAACCUGCAGGACGUCGAACAUUUCCGCAGUGUGCUUCAGUGUUGAAGGAUGGACAGGGAGCUGGUUCGGCAGAGCCAAUCAGAUCACGGCGAAGCCACCAAUGGAACCAGCCCUCAGACCGCCGCCGAGCCCUCCACCACCCCUACCACCCCCACCCCUCCUCGGCUCACACCCAACCCCAUGCUCCUGGACUCCGCCACACCCACGCUGACACCCACCACCUCCUCCCCUCCUCCGCCUCUCACCCCUGCUCCCUCCAUCACUGCAAACCUUGGACCGAAGGCGAUGCUGGCGGCGGCAGCGGCUGGCGCUCCAUCCCCUCACAUCCUUGUCCCGGCUCCCCCUAAACUCACCUCCACCCCUACCCCCACCCUCCGCACAUACUCCCGCCACGGCCAUUCCUCCAAACCAUCUCCCUCCACACAAACCCCCACCUCCUGCUCCUCUCUUCUCCCUCCUCCCUCCUCCUCCUCCUCUCCUGUUGUAACAACAGCCACUUUGCCCCUCCUCUCUCCUUCUCCAACUUCCUCUGCAACACACAACAACACCUCCAUGUCUACCAAGACCUCCACCAGCCUGACCAAUGGGAGCGCCAGGGUCGUCUCCACCACCUCCACACCAAUCACACCGUUUCAUACACCAGCCAGUCCACCUGGCAGACAGGUAUCGCAGGCUCACCCUGCGGGCACACCUGGGCUUGUGCGAGCCAAUCAGAACCCCUCCCCUGUCAGGCAGAAGGUAUCCCAGCAGACACUGCUCCUAGGGAAAGGUCUCAAAGGGUCGGGCCAAGACCAGGUGCUGCUGAGAGCUCAGAUGCUCAUUCUUACAUCUGCUAUGCGGCCUCAGCAGCCGUGCUCCUCCUCUUCCUCCUCCUCUUCUCCCACUUCUCCUCCUUCCUCUAACCCCGCCUCCGCUCAGCUCCUGAGGCCUCCUCCCCCUGGGACCCUCACCAUCCCUCCUUCCCUCCGCCUCAAGCACCCCACCACGGCCCCGCCUCCCCUCUCUCGCCCUCGCGCUCCCCUUUUCCCGCCUCUCAGGCCGAGACCGCAGCCCAGCACCACGGCAACAGAGAGCCUGACCACGCCCAGCCGCCACCUCUCUGUGCCUCCUCCAACUCUCUACUCUCCGGGUCGAGCCAGCCCACUGAGACCCAGACUUCACUCUCCUAACAGUCACAGAGUGGCGCAGACCUCGAUCCUCCAACCGAUCGCUGCUGCUCCCUCUGGUCAGGCGUCUCCCAUCAGCAGGCCGCUGACUGGACUGAAGAGCUCUCCGCUAACUCACAGCCCAGUGUCCGUCUCCAAGCCUCUGUCGGCUGCGCCGCAUUUUGAGCGCUCACCGUCUGCAGCGAGGCAGCUUCAGAUCAUUGCUCUGUCCUCGAGUCGCCAGCCGCAGCCGGGAACGUACACGCACACUUCGCUGCAGCUGGCGCCUCCAGCUGCAGAGUCACCUGAGCUCUCCGCCCAAUCAAAGAGGACUUUGAGUGCUGAAGAUGUUCCUCCUCCUCCUCCUCCUCUUCCUCCUCCUCUAAACCCAUCAUUGCCAAAAACCAUCUCUCCCCUGCCCUCACCUCCAUCCCUGCUUAGUCCAGGAUCUCCACAGAGUCAAGCCGAGCCCCAACCACAAAAUCUGACCCAGAAAGUGGAGGCAAAGGAGGCUGAAGAGCAGAGAGAGUUAGGCAGAGGGGUGAGACAGGAAGUCAAAGAUGAGGGCAGCACUGCUAAAGACCUAAGGGUGGAGAAAGAUGACCAAAGAGAGAAGGUGAAGGAGGAGAAGCCGACUGAGGAGCAAAUCAGUCAGGAGGAGCAGGAAGUUAGCCGUGAGGAGGAUCAAAUGGAAGUGACGGAGGAAGGCCAAAGUGACAGAGAGAGGAGAGAAGAAGGCAAGGACAAGAAGAUGGAGGAGGAAGAGGAAGGAGAGACUCCAAUGGACCAGUCUGAGACCCAGACCGGACAGCUUCUCCACCCACACCACAACACGGAUCCUAUCCCGGUGCCUGACUCUGUUAAAGACUCCAGUGUGGACUCUAAACCCAUUACGGGUCUCAUUUCAACUCCAGUUCCAAUCCAAACUCCAAUACCAGCACCAGUCCCGGUACCAGUACCAGUUCCAGUCCCUGAAGUCUCGACCCAGACUCAGAGGCUGCUGGAGCCUCACAAAGACCUCCAGCCCAUUAGCCAGGAGGACUUCUGCGAGAACAUGUCGACUCAGUCCGACAAUCAGUCAGCGCUGUCCAGCCUCUCCUCCCAGUCUCCCCCCUCCUCGCCCUUCAUCACCCCUUCGGCAGAAAACCCUCCUCCUCUUCCUGCGCAGACCGCCCUCCCGACUGACCUCAGCCUACCACAGCACGAGCCCGCCAAGGUGGACAAAGCAGUCGAUGAGUCACAGCCCCUUGCAGAAACUGAGGCGGAGCCCCUCGGCCAAUCGGAAGAUGAGUCGGAGAGCUUCGGCCAAUCACAGAGCAACCCCUGGGACCCGAGGCCGUGGCCUGAGGGACGGCAGGUUCUAACCCACCUGGUGGAGGGAUUUGUCAUCCAGGAGGGGCUCCAACCAUUUCCUGUGAACCGCUCCUCCCUGCUGGUUCCAGAGCAGGUGGCCAAACCACAGGAAGUGAACGGGACCAAUGGAAAAGCAGCGCUGCCUGUGACGGACACCAUCAAACAAACCGAGCAAUCCACAGAUUCGGAUGAAGAGGAAGGAGGAGACACGGACGACCCCGGGACCAGGUCGGGCCACAGAGACCGGACGGUGCUGCACUGCCAGUUCUGCGGGAAGAGGGGCCACGCACACAACUUCAUGCGCUCCAAGCGCUUCUGCUCCACUUCCUGUGCACGCGGGUUUAACGUCCGUCUGACGAAGCGUCUGCGGGCUCUCAGCGCAGGAAGUCGCUCGGAGAAGCCUCGUCCAGCCCUCAACCGGGCGGAGUCGGUCCCUGGGAAACCCCUGUUACUGCGGCUGCCUCGUGAUCUGUGGAGCGCCGGACGACGUGAGAAAGACGGAAAGGAGAAGGCAGCGGCGGCAGAAGAGGAGGAAGAGGAUGACAUGGUCGGAGGUGGAGGCAGGGAGGAGGAGGAAGAAGACGAUGACCGAGGAGAGGAGGAUCCUUCUGUCGCCAUGACGGUCAGGGUGGAGCGUCGGGCGGCACGGAGAGCGAGGAGGGCGUCGGCGCCGGCCGUGACCACCUCCACGCCCACCACCACGUUUAAGCCGGCCCCCUCGCAGUGGAGCGUGGAGGAAGUCACCGCCUUCAUCCACACGCUGCCAGGCUGCAGUGACGUGGCCGAGGCUUUCCGGGUGCAGGAGAUCGACGGCCAGGCUCUGUUGCUGCUGACCGAGGACCAUCUGAUGACCAGCAUGAACAUCAAACUGGGACCUGCUCUGAAGAUCUGCGCUCACAUCAAUGCACUGAAAAACCAAUGAGAGACAAAAAGAUAUAUAACAUGAGAAACAAAUUGAGAGAAAGAGAAAACAUAAGUUUAAUAUGGAAGGAAAAAAGGCAAUAACAGAGAAAUCGACAAGGCAAAGCUGACACCGAGGAUGACACAACGAUGAGGUCAGUCAUAAUUUCUGAGAUUAUAAGUGGAGGUGUGGCCUUAGCAGACGGGAACUGGAGAGGAGUGCAGGAGCACGACGAUGCCAGAGUCCAGAAGAAAUUUCACCAGUUUUGGGCCCUCUGGCUGUAGCAGGAGACCGGGGGGGGGGGUUUUGUAACUUUGUGUAUAUUUUACAUGCCGCUGGAGAGUGUACAUUUGAAGCUAUUUGAUGAAGGAUUUUGAACAUUUAAUAUAUAAAAUUUGUCUAUUUAGUUUUUUUAGAACGUGACGUCAACAUCAAAUCUAUCCAGUAGCUAACAUAACCUGUGUGUGUAAAAGAAAACAAUAAUACGUAGACUUUGUAAGUGAUUAAUGAAAGUUUAAUGUUUUAUAUCACUAUAUUCUGGACAAAAACAUGUCUGUGUAUUAAAAAAGUCACUAUCA